UCUUGGGAGAUAUUGGUGAAGUAUAAAAGAUAAAAAGAUGGCGGAACCUAUGGGGUUUAGAGUGUGCGUUGAUGGAAGAGAUUUGCGCGAGGAUAUUAAAAGCCGAUUCUUUAUCUACGUUGAUUUGUUGCGUGAUCGAUGUAUUCGCGAUAUAGAAAAUCGUAUUACGGAUUUUCUUUGUGUUGAUAACCCAAUCUCGUUAAUGAUUGGCAGUGUUUAUUUGCCUUCCUCGGAAAACGUGCGUUUGCUCUGUGUUGGCGAUGUAUUGAAGGUUGUGGAACAAAACAAAGAGUGCUAUAAUAAUAAAGAAGAUGUUAAUUGCCGACACGAAGAUGAAGACAUUGACAGACAAAUAUAUAUGAAGGGACAUAAGGCCAAGAAGAAAAAAAGAAAACGCAUUUCAGGUGAUAUAAAUGACAUUAAUUGUAGCACAGUAAAGGGUAAGGUACAAAAGAGUGAAACAUUGCCUGUAAAUUUGGAAGAAUGUGCUGAAUAUUCGGAACACAAGGGUAAAAAGAGAAGGAAACAAACUCACAGUAACAAGAGAUGUAUGUCAGAUGAGCAGUGUGUUACGGAAGAAUCGAAAUGUGAGGAAUUGUCGGAUGGCUUUCAGCGUUCGGUAGAAGAGCGUAGAGAGCGAAAACCAGACAAAAGGGAAGGAAAUAAUGUAUAUGUAAAAUCAGAUGAUAUUCCUAGUUCUGUUGCGAGUGUUACGAGAGCAUCAGAGCAAGUCACAGCAGGACCAAAGACACCAGAGACAGGAAGUCGGGAGAAUGGCAGUAUUGAAAUUGGCGUAUGCGCAGACGCCAUUCCAGAUAACGAAAAUUCACCAACGAAAGACGGGGGCACCAAGAGACGCAGGAAACGGACAAGGCGACACAAGAAAGACCAUGAACCAGAACAGAAUGAAACAAAAGGGAAGCUUCCAGUGAGUGUUGAGGAUCACAGAAGAGGUACGUUCAUUCAGAGUGUAACUGCAGCACGGACACACAUUAGAUUUUCUGAUUUUGAUGAAGGGAAUGAUAAGGUUGAAUUUCAGAUGGAGUCUGAACCCACUAGUGUCGGGCUCGGUGGUACGCACCCAGUAGUAACAUUGAGUGAUGUGUGUGCAGUUUCCUCGGAAAUAAAUGGGCAAGGACCAGGAGAAAUGAAAGUCUUGGUGUCGCAAGAAGGAAGUUCAACAAAGUGGAAUAUGCAGGCUGUAGACAAUUUGGAGUCUGAUGAUGUAGUGUGCAAUAAUGAUACAUUUGCUAAACUCCUCGCCUAUGAAAAUUUCUCGGCACCACGUGUGUAUAAGCGUAAGAAGAGUUCUGUUACUGCAAACGGUGACACUUCAGAAACGUUGUCUAACACCGAUGUGGAAAACAGACAACAAAUCAAAACUGAUUAUAGAAUUACAAACUUUUCUCAGUUUCCAAUUCUUAAAGACACUCCUAAGGAAGGGGAUAUCAUAGCGUUCAAGAUGUUGAAGUUGGGAGAAGACUAUACACCCAAAAUAUCAGAUUACAUUACAGCCAAGGUUCUCAGCUACUGUAAGGAAACCUACCAGCUAAUGGUUAAAGUUUUAGGUGGCCAUGAAGAAUGUCAGAAGCCAAAGGGUAAGUUUGAUCUAGAGGAUGAUAACGCUCCUGAGACGUGUGUUGUCGAUGAUCUUGAGGUUAACUGGAAUGAGAUACUUGAAACAAGACUUGUCUUCCCUUAAGAACCUGAGGUAAUUCAGUGGUUUUUGUUUGUAACUGUCUCGUGUUCUCUGUCAGAAUCAUACUCUGCUCCAAUGCUGAACAGUGUAAUAAUUUAGAAUUGUAAAGAAUAAAUUAAAUUUAACCCAGUGGUAUAUAACCUCUGAUAAGAUGAAUGUACUUCAAAAGGAGCCCUUAACAGAUGGGUCACAGGGCUGUUCUGGACAUGAAUAGUUGUGUUUUAUUGAUAUGCAAAUUAUCUGCGAAAUAAUAAUUUAUAUCUUUCAUGCAUUGGCGUGAGUAAAGAACACCUUAUGGGCCCAUGUCAGUCUGCCUGCAUCUUAACCCAAAAAAGCACUGUGUCUGGAGACUGCUGAAUGCUGGGAAGACCUGCACGAAAGCGUCGUCAGGGAAGGAAAAAUCGGACAUUAAGGAACGGCCAGCUACACAUAAAAUAGAUUAGAAAAGUCACAUGCAAUAGGAAAAUUUAUUGAAGCAGAACAGGGUUUACAGUCAGCUGAAGUGAAUAUAAUCAGUUCCUUCUUGCAGUUUUAAUGACUUUAGAUUUUCCUCAAAACUCCCUCCUGUCAGGUCCUGCAAAGAAAUCAUAAGAUUUAUGAUAGAAUUACUUAUAUCUUGAAUAAACAAAAGAAGUUUUUAUUACGCAUGAGGUUCUUCUUUAUUUUCACAUAAAUUAGAACAGGAUUCAGUAAUUGAUAAAACUGAUGAGUUGCAAAACAAAAUGUAUUGCACUGCACCUGGUUCUGUAAUAAAGUUACACAUUUAUCUAGCUUCUUAUGUAUCUAGAAUUAACAAAAACUGACAGUGUUGAUUAGGAUACAGAUUUUAUUUUGUCAUUUUUAGGAACAUACAGUUGUUUAUAUUUUCCUUUUAUUUUUGUGUUCUGAAAAAAGCACCAGUAUGGUGUACCUUUGUAAAACAUGGAAAAGUGUGUUUAUUUGAAAAUACUUUUGGAAUUAAAGCAUUCUCAUGUAUAAUAAUGACAAAAAGUAGCUUGGAAUUAAGAAAAUAUAAUUGUUUUUCAAAACUGAA